UGAAACUGGAGUUAAGGCGAUAGGUACAGGCCCGUGCAGGAAGGGGCCGGGGCAGUGACCACCACCACCACAUCACCCACCGCAUUCAGCAUCAUCAGCAGCCGGAAAGGAAGGGGAAGCAAGCGAGGAAGCAGCAAGAAUCCGACGCCAUAAUGGAGGGAGAGGAUUAGAGCAAGGAGCAGCGUCCUGAGGCGUGAAGGACCCACCUUUGCUGCUGUUCUUGGAGCUUCCCUGCCGAAAUGGCCCAUAAAGGAGUUCCUAAAUUUGGAAGCUGGGAGGAUGAAGACCGUGGUGAACACCUCUACACACAGUAUUUCGAAAAUGCCCGCAAGGGUAAAUCUCCAGGGAGGUCUGUUAAUCCAAACAAUCAUCAUGGAGAUACUGAAGCACUCUCUAAGGCCUCUCCCCUGCACGCUGGAUCUGAUCCAGCCAUGAGAAAGCCCAAGGAUGACAGACGCUCAAACCGAGAAGGUGAUCUUCGUCAGCACGAAACCACUGUUCGAAAACCAUAUGCUGAGUCACCUAAUCAUAGAUAUGGGGAUCAUACCAACUAUGACAAUGCUGUGAGAAAAACCGGCAUAGAGAAGUCACCCGUUCAUCCCCGUCACCAGGCAAGAGCUGCAAACAAGGGUGGAGUUUCGUCUCCUUCACGUGACCGUAGGGGUUCAUUGGAAGGAAACCGUGGAUCUGCUCCCACUACACCUGGAAGGUCCAAGUUCAGAUCAACUGGCCGUGGUGAUGAGACGCCUGAUAGAGGAUCAGCCGUGCCAAAGUUUGGAGAAUGGGAUGAGAAAGAUCCUUCUACAGGUGAAGGUUUCACUGACAUAUUUGAGAAGGUGAGGGAGGAGAAACAGUCUGGUACCGGCAACGCUCCCGUCAUGACCAGCGAGGCAGAUUAUAUCAAACGCUAUCAACAACGCAAAUAUGAAUCCACAGGCUGCUCAUGCUUCAGUUGGUUCAAGAACUGAACUGACAGCCAUCCAGCCAAGUCCUGUCAGCGAGGCCUACAUAAAUUUGUGUUGAAAUGUAUCAUUGUGAGAUGAAUACCUCCAAUCUGUUGUCAUUGUUGAGAUAUUGUUUGGUAGCGAGACAUGACAUGUAUUUACACGAAUUUGAAGCUUCUUGUUGAGCAUUUUGUGCUUUUUUUUGUAUAAUGAGGGAUUCGUUUAUCUUGGAA